AUGGCUGCCACAGUGCUGGGAAAGCGUUCUCGACGAGUUCUGGAUGAACAAGAUGGGCCAGAUACACCUCCCAGCCCAAAAAGACGGACGCGACGCUCUGUACCCGAGAUAUACCAAGAUGCAGCUGAGAACAACGUGUUGGGGAAAUCGAACACUCGUCUUGUUGGAGGUCGUAACGGACGAAAGAAUGAUACUGUACAAGACAGUCCUGUAAAGAACAACACAAACACAACCAAGCCCAUUGGACAUUCCAACCAUCACACAGACGAAAACCUUCCACCCUCAAUCGUAUCGACUCCCACCAAUAUUCGUUUCAAGGAUGCUCUCGCUCUUUCCGCUCCCAGCACACCCAAGCACCGAGUCCGACUUGUUGGCAGGCUUCUCACCCCUCAAUCGUCACGGACAUCCACACCAGCAAGAUCGCAAAAUGUAUACUCGCAGGCCCGACAGUUGUUCACUCAAGCCGGGAAUGGAAAGAUUAUUGGUCGGGAGGCUGAACGUCGUCAGUUGACCAAUUUCAUCUCCAAGGCGAUCGAAACUCGUCUCGGAGGCUGCACAUAUGUUAGUGGGCCACCGGGCACUGGUAAGAGUGCCUUGGUCCAGGAGAUCAUGCAGGAAUUUCAAGCCGAAUCUGUCACAAGCACCACGAUCAAUUGCGUGUCUUUGAAGUCUUCCACUGAAGUCCUCGCGCGUCUGAGCCAGGUGUUUUGUCCUGGCAAUGGAAGCUCAAAGUCAUCCAAAGCUGCCUUGGCCAAAUUGUUCACGGCAAAGAAGGCCAAGUCUGAGAUGCGUCUCGUCUUGCUUGACGAAAUCGACACACUCCUUGGGGGUGAUUGCGAGAUGUUGUACAGCAUCUUCGAAUGGGCUAUGCACCCUUCAUCCACUCUCAUCUUGAUUGGAAUUGCCAACGCUCUGGACUUGACUGAUCGCUUCCUGCCACGGCUGAAGCUGAGGAAUCUGAAGCCCCAACUGCUACCUUUCCUGCCAUAUUCCGCCCAACAGAUCUCUACCAUCGUCUCGGAUAAACUACGAUCUCUCAUAAUCAAUGGAACCGCGGACGGCACUGGCUCCAUUCCUCUGAUGCAUCCCGCGGCGAUUCAGUUGGCAGGAAAGAAGAUAUCUUCUCAGACAGGAGACCUACGAAAGGCCUUUAGUCUGGUCCGUCGUGCCCUUGACCAGGUUGAGCAAGAAACCCUCUUGAAGAUGAGUCGAGAACAGAGUGUGACGCCGACCAAGCAACCACUCCAAGAGAUUUCCAACGUGGCCUCUACUCAGACUGUUCCAUCUCCAGUCAGGAGGGAUGAUCGGUCAGUCCUCAAUCAUCUUACCUGGGAGACGGCGCCAAAAGUGUCUAUUGCACACGUGGCGAAGAUUGCGGCGACCAUUUUCAAUAACGGUACUCUUUCUCGCUUGGGCGGUUUGAAUCUCCAACAGAAGGCUGUGCUGUGCUCAUUGGUGGCUUCCGAAGCCCGUCAACACCGCCGAGAUCCCUAUACCACCCCGUCCAAAUCCGGAUCGAGGCUUCCUACGAUCAAGAGUCUGUUUGAAAAGUAUGCUCAGCUAUGUAAGCGUGAUGAUGGACUGUUACAGCCGCUCAAAAAUACCGAAUUUCGAGACGUGGUUGCCAGCCUCGAAACCUUGGGGUUAGUGCAGGAGGCGUCUGGGCGCAGCUCGGGCUUGUUGACACCAACCAACACGCCAUCUCGAAGCGGACGAGCGAUGGACGACAAACAGGUGGUAAGCGCCGUGUCUGAAAAGGAGAUGCGAGAUAGCCUGACGGGGCCAGGCUCGGAUUUGCUGUUGAGGCUACUUGAAGAAUAA